AUGAGUAAACAAAAACCGACAACAACUGUUAUCAGUGGCGCAGCUGCAAUGCCUAGCAGCACCACUAUUACUAACACGAACAAUCGUGCUGCUACUGCUGUGCUGCCUCGACCUAUGCGUCGAGUGCUUCAAAAUUUUCUGCUGGUAUGGCUUGAUGCUAAUCUAGAUGAAUCCAAGGACGAUUAUAAAAAAUCAAUACAACAUUUACAAAAUAUUGUAGAAAUAGUCGCCACAUUUACAGAUGUUGACGAAUGUAUUGACUUUCUCACUGAUAUGCACGAUGAAAAAGUAUUUAUGAUUGUGUCGGAUGUGCUAGGACAACAUAUAAUAUCAGAAAUUCAAGAGUGCCCACAAGUAACCUACAUUUACGUUUUAUGUAACAAUCAAUUGAUUCAGGAGGAAUGGAUUAAAACAAUACCUAAGAUAAAAGGUGUAUACACACAAAUUGAACCAAUUUGUAAUGCAUUACAAAUCGAUCGAAGAAAGUGUGAUCAAAAUAUGAUCCCAAUUAGUUUUAAUCGUAUUGAUCCGUUAUUUAUGUAUACACAAUUGUUAAAAGAAGCACUUUUAGAUAUAGAAGAUGAUGAUGAAAAAUCGAUUAAAGAACUUAUUGACUACUGUCGUCUCCAAAGCGAUGCUUGCGAAAAAACACUCGAAAAGAUCGAAGAGGAAUAUCAUAAUCAUUCACCCAUUUGGUGGUACACGGGUCCAUAUUUUAUCUACUCAAUGCUCAAUUAUGGUCUUCGACAGAUGGAUGUCGAUAUUAUCCUAAAGAUGGGAUUCUUUAUUCGCCAUUUACAUAAUCAUAUAUCAGAAUUAAAUCGCGAGCAACAAGAUAGCAUGUCAACUAAUUUUCAAGUCUUUCGUGGACAAGGUUUGUCCUUGGAAGAUUUUGAAAAAAUGAAAAAAACCAAAGGAGGACUUAUGUCCUUCAAUAACUUCCUGUCGACAAGCCGCAAUCGUGAGAUUUCUCUGGAAAACUUUGCACGACUAGCAACAGAGAAUCCCAAUUCUGUUGGCAUUCUCUUUAUUAUGAACAUUGAUACCCAUAUUUGCAAACAAUCAUUAACACCAUUUGCUGAAGUAAGCCAAGUUGGUUACUACAAAAAUCAAGAAGAAGAAAUACUUUUUUCGACACAUACAAUUUUUCGUAUCGAUCGGAUUGAACGAAUAGAAGAUAAUUAUACUGAUCGGUUAUGGCAAGUUAAUCUCACCCUCGUUGGUAAUCAAGAUGAUGAUUUUAACAAACUGACAGAACGAUUGCGUGAAGAGGUCAGAUGGGUAACAGGAUGGGCUCGGUUUGCUGAUAUACUCAUUAGAUUGGGAGAGUCUGCAAAAGCAGAGCAUCUCUAUAAGAUACUUCUUGAAAAAGCAUCUACUGAUAAACAGCGAUCAGAUUAUAAUCUUCAGCUUGGUAGAGUAUAUGUGAACAUGGGUGAAUACUCGAAUGCACUUUUUUAUUUUGAAAGAGAUCUGGAGAUCAAACAGAAAACUCUCCCUCCGAAUCAUCCCAACUUGGCUCAAACCUACUACAACAUCAGUUUGGUGUAUAAUAACAUGGGCGAGUACUCGAAAGCACUUUCAUCGUAUGAACGAUCACUUGAAAUCCAAAAAAUAGCUCUCCCUCCGAAUCAUCCCGACUUGGCUGCUUCCUACAACAACAUCGGUAGUGUGUAUCAUCACAUGGGCGAGUACUCGAAAGCACUUUCAUCGUACGAACGAUCACUUGAAAUCCGAAAACUAGCUCUCCCUCCGAAUCAUCCCGACUUGGCUGCUUCCUACAACAACAUCGGAGGGGUGUAUUAUAACAUGGGCAAGUACUCGAAAGCACUUUCAUCGUAUGAACGAUCACUUGAAAUCCGAAAAAUAGCUCUCCCACCAAAUCAUCCCGACUUGGCUGCUUCCUACAACAACAUCGGUAAUGUGUAUCAUAACAUAGGCGAGUACUCGAAAGCCCUUUCAUCGUAUGAACGAUCGCUUGCAAUCCAAAAAAUAGCUCUCCCUCCGAAUCAUCCCGACUUGGCUUCUUCCUACAACAACAUCGGUAAUGUGUACGAUAACAUGGGCGAGUACUCGAAAGCACUUUCAUCGUAUGAACGAUCACUUGAAAUCCGGAAAAUAGCUCUCCCUCCGAAUCAUCCCGACUUGGCUAAAUCCUACGAAGGUAUUGGUGUGGCGUAUGAUAACAUGGGAGAGUACUCGAAAGCAGUUUCAUCGUACGAACAAGCACUUGAAAUCCGGAAAAUAGCUCUCCCUCCGAAUCAUCCCGACUUUUCUCAAUCCUACAAUAACAUCGGUAUGAUGUAUGAUAACAUGGGAGAGUACUUGAAAGCACUUUCAUCGUACAAACAAUCACUUGAAAUCCGAAAAAUAGCUCUCCCUCCGAAUCAUCCCGACUUGGCUGCUUCCUACAACAACAUCGGAGGGGUGUAUUAUAACAUGGGCGAGUACUCGAAAGCACUUUCAUCGUACGAACGAUCACUUGACAUUGCAAAGAAAUCUCUUCCUCCGAACCAUCCGAACUUGGCCCUUCCCUACAACAACAUCGGUAUGGUGUAUGAUAGCAUGGGCGAGUACUCGAAAGCACUUUCGUAUUACGAAAAAGCACAUGAAAUCGAUCGAAAAAAUCUGCCACCAAAUCAUCCAUAUAUUGCACAAUCGAAAAGAAACAUUGAAAAUGUGAAAAAGAAAAUGUAAUUUUUUUUUAUUUUGAAAAAAUAAAAUACAUACAUAAAUGUAUCUUAUGAAGGCCUACCACAUGCACUCCUGUACGGGUGUGGGUGGUGUGGGUGUGGGUGUAGGUGUGGGUGUGGGUGUGGGGUGUAGGUGGGUGUGGGUGUGGGUGGU